AUGAGGAAAUGGACCGACACUUUCGACGACGAAACGUUCGGCUAUAAUUCGGCCGAAUACCGGGAUGUUAUACAUACGAUAAGCACACCACACGGCCAAGUACAGAGGAUCGUCGUCUUUAAGAAGAAUGGUGUCCAAGCGAUGGUUGAAUAUCCUUUGCAAAUAGAUCUAGUAACUAGAAUUACACAUAAGACAAUUUCCUGUCUUAGAAAUGUGCAUUGUCACAAGUUUGAAAGCGUGGAGUCUGCAACGCGGGCGAAGGAGGCGCUACACGGGUGCGAUAUAUACUCAGGAUGCUGCACGCUCAAGAUUGAAUAUGCUAAGCCCGAAAGACUGAAUGUGUUCAAAAAUGACCAAGACAGCUGGGAUUACACGUUAUCUGAGGAAGGGCAACCACAGCAGCGCAGUGCACCACUACUGCAGUCACCACAAUACACCGGCGGGAGACCACAACCAUACAAUGCCAAUGUCACCACACAAGUGCCGGCGCGACCCUGUAGCGAAGACUCCUGCAGUCAACACAGUGACGCGCAAAAUGACAUGGACUUUGGCAGCGGCGGUCCGCCACCGGGCAUGAUGAAGGACAGGCACGGGCCCCCACCACCGCACCAUCCGCGUGAUGGACGCGGCCCUUACGGACCGGAAGGUUAUGGCGGUGAAGGCUUCGUCCCUCCGCCCCCAAUGCACCACCCUCCAAUGCCUCCACAGAACCAGGGUGGACCACCACAACAGGGCGGAGUCAUGAUGGUAUAUGGGCUAGACCCAACCACGGCUAACGCAGAUAGACUGUUCAACCUCUGUUGUCUUUACGGAAACGUUGUUAGAAUAAAGUUCUUGAAGACGAAAGAAGGCACAGCGAUGGUGCAAAUGGGCGACCCCGUCUCAGUCGAGAGAUGCGUUCAAAACCUCAACAACGUCACAGUUGGAGACUACACGUUGACACUCGCGUUCUCAAAGCAAGCGUACUUGUCCGAGGUGAUGAACCCCUACCCUCUUCACGACAAGUCUCCCUCGUUCAAGGACUACGUUAGCAACAAGAACAACCGAUUCCUGACGCCGGCAUCUAUUCACAAGAACAGGAUACAGCCUCCCUCAAAGGUAGUACAUUUCUUCAAUACACCCCCGGACGUUUCAGAAGAGCAGCUUUUGGCGGUGUUUUCAGAUUAUGGAGUCACGCCGCCGCACACAAUUUCAAAGUUUCCGCUUAAGAGCGAAAGGUCAUCAUCGGGUCUGAUGGAGUUCCAGAAUAUAUCACAAUCAGUGAUGGCUAUUAUGGCUUGCAACCACGCGACUAUUAACCACCCAGGUGCGAAAUUCCCGUUCGUAAUGAAGCUGUGCUUCUCAUCUUCGAGACAAAUCGGCCAGGGAAAAGGACAGAACCAGAACAAAAACCACAGCCAAGGCCAGAACCAGGAGCAAAGUCAAAGGCAGGGCCAGAAUAACGGUGUCGAGCAUGAUUACUAUUAA